CACCUCACUCACCUCUCUCCUAUCCCUCAACAGCUCAGACACAGCUCUCAAGAUGUCCUGGCCGCAUGCAACCUUCCUUGUCGCUGUGCUCCUGUCACUGUCCUUAUCUCAGGAGGUAGACAGUGCAGCUGUCCCCGAUGAUAAGGGCACUACCAAGGCAACCGACCCGAGAGGUCCACUGAGGGAGAUCUUCAUGCCCGAGGCCGAUGCAGCAAACUUCUUCAGACGCCGCAGCAGGAGAGCUGCCAAGUCUCAGGACGAAAUUGACGCUGAACAGAGGCAGGUGCUGGCUGCAGAUAAGCGGAAGAGAGAGAACCAUGAGGAACAGAUGAAUGAGUUUGAGAACUACGCUGAGGAGGAGCAUGACGAGCAAGACGAGAGACCCGGAGAGCACCGAGCAGUGGCGAGAGUUUCCACUAUGACGCCUGCAUCCCCCCAGGAGUACAACCGCCAGUCUACCUGAGACAUCACCGCCCUACUGAGACAGUGGUAUUACAGCAGGCAGGACACAGAGGGCUACGCCCCCUACUAUAGACGCACCUCUACCUGUAAAAUGUACUUUUAUAAUGUCAUGUACGCUUUUUAAAUACUUUGGAAAGACUUUAGGUAGGUGUUCUCUUUUAGAUCUGCCUUAUAAAAUAAUAUUUUUAAAGAAACAAAUGAAUGUUAUUCUUCGUACUCGGUUUGAACGUUUGCAUGUGUGUUGCAUUUUCGCAUGCUGUGUGACUUACAAUGAUGUAGAUUUGAAAUGUUUAUACUUAUAUACAGCUGAAGUCGGAAGUUUAUAUCACUUAGUUGGAGUCAUUAAAACUCGUUU